AUGCGGAUUUCAGACGUCCUCAUCGGCAGCGCCGCCUUAACCAGCGCAAAGCCAUGGGGCCGAAACCUAUGGGCCUCAAACCCAUGGGCCAUCGAACCGUCGAAAGAAUUCUCACUCGAAAAGCUCAUAGACCUGACUCCCUUUGACGUGAACCGCUUCAAGCUCAAAUCGCCCCAGGAGCUCCUCGCCAAGUUCGACAGCUCCUCCCGCGGUCCUGCGCCGGCCGCAGACGAGGAAGAGACACCACCGCCGAUAGUAGCGCCGUCGUCAGGCCGCAACGACACCGAAGAGGCCCCCGGCAAGGUCGGGCACAGCACGGAAAAGACGGGGGCCGGUGGGCCCUGCACGCAGCCGGCGGUCCGUCCCGAGUGGCGCAACAUGACGGAGCAAGGGCGGCGGGACUACGUCAAGGCGGCCAAGUGCCUGGUUGACAAGCCGAGCGAGGGCAGGUUCAAGGGCUCGCACAACCGCUACGAGGACCUGGUCUGGGUGCACCACCAGAUGACGGACCAGCUGCACGGGUACGCGCAGUUCCUGCCGUGGCACCGCCGCUUCGUCAACGUCUACGAGACGGUGCUGCGCGACGAGUGCGGCUACCGCGGGCCCAUGCCGUGGUGGGACGAGACGCGCGACGCCGGCAACUUUGCCGGCGCUCCCGUCUUCACGCCCGAGUACUUUGGCACCGCGCCCGUGCGGACCCGCGAGGGCCGCGGCGGCUGCAUCACCGACGGCGUCUUUGCGGGGAUGCUGGUGCACAUCGGGCCCGGGACCGCCUUCGAGGAGCACUGCCUGUCGCGCGCCGUCGACGAGUCCCUGACCAGCGAGGUCAGCCAGGCCACCAUCAACCAGGUCCACCGCCAGGACAACUUUGAGAGCUUCGCGGGCCUGAUCGAGGGCUGGCCCCACGCCUACGGCCACAACGGAGUCGGCGCCGUCAUGUCCGACGUCGGUCCCGCGCCCGGCGACCCCAUCUUCUUCCUGCACCACGCCUUUAUCGACCGCAACUGGUGGCGCUGGCAAAACGUCGACCGCGACACCAGGGUCUACGAGCUCGCCGGCAAGUCUAAUGACAGGAACAAGCGCAUCACGCUCGACUACGUCUUGACGAUGAGGGGAAUCCAACCAGACGUCACGAUCCAGGAUGUCAUGGAUACAUAUGGAGAAACGCUUUGUUACUCCUAUGACUACUAA